AUGGCCAGUAAACGCGCAUUGGAGUUGGUAGUGCUGAACAAUGCAAAUAUAUCACAUUUGGGAGAUGUAUCACAGAUUUCUGGGCUCAUGCAACAUGUUGCAGAACUCGACUUAGAUACGGAUGAUGAAUCUGUCAUGAAUGAUUCCGUGAAAACGGUCCACAUGAAUAGGUGUCGCAUUGACGAUUGGCCGCUGAUUGUCCGAUUCAUGCGAAGGUUUCCUAAUAGAAAGACGGUGUUUUUAUGCGAGAAUCCGAUAAAAUCAGUCGUUCAUGACUCGUCUGCAGAUGAUCUGAGUACACUGCAGUCCUUGAAUUUGGGCAAGACGGAAAUCGCCGACUGGGAUAGCAUUGACAGCCUGGACCGGCUGCCCUCGUUAACGGACCUGCGAAUCCUCUCAAUCCCUCUACUGGAACCACUCAGCGAAGAGGAACGAAUACACCUGGUCAUUGGCCGAGUUCGAAAUCUCCGAGUGCUGAACGGCUCCAUCAUCACACCCGAACAGCGGGAGCAGUCGGAACGAUACUUCAUUCGCUAUUACCAGGAGAGAGACGACAAGCCCCAUCAUUACAAGCGUCUGAUAGAUAAGCAUGGUCAUGUGGAGAAGCUGGCAAAGAUUGAUCUCACACCUAAGUCAUCUGCUCACGUGCAAGUCUUUUGUGAGGAAACAAACUACCAAGCGAAACUUCGCAUCAACCUCAAUAAAAAUGUUGGCCAAUUGAUGAAGUCUCUGGAGAAGGAGUGCGGCAUACCGUAUAACCGAUUGCGUAUGUUUCUCACAACAAAAGACGGUUGGGUGGAGGAGUUUCGAUACCCGGGCAUGUCUUUGCACAGCUAUCGUAUCGAGGAUGGCGACGUUCUCAAUUUGCAGGUGCGGCUUUGUCGUUGUCCGAUUACGCUUUUGAUCCUAUGCAAACAUCUAAGAGCCGUGUUCACUGCCGUUUAUGUGGGCCAAUACUAG